AUGAACGAAGAAGCAUAUAAACCUGAACGGUUUUCAGAAGAUGAAGGUGAAGUAUGCAACACAAGUCCUUGGUAAAACCAUGGCAUCGUCAAUUAAGACAUAUGUCUCGCUUGGUCUCUAACCUGCAGUAGCUACUGGAACAGCUGAGUUGCUUUCAAAGUUGGACAACAUUUUGGGUACUUCCUCGGGUAGAAGAAAUUGCAUCACAGAUUACAUAAUCAGUUAGUUAUAGUGAUUAGUGUUGAGGUUAGGGUAAGAUUAAGGAUUAGGCUUAGAGAUAGGGAUUGGGUUAUAUCUGACGCCACAAACAACACAACUAGCCGAUCACAUGAUCAGUUCUCCUCUACCCGAGGAACUAGCCAACAUUUUUGAUCAUCUCAACAGUUCUUCAUUCAAUACUGCAAAAACGUUUAAGAAGCUACAAUUACUGGAGAUUCUCCUCAUCACUCCUUUCUGGAUGAGAUGCUAAAAUUCAUUCCUACCAUACUCUGUCAUUAGUCAUACUCUGAACAGUGUGUUCAGAGUAGGACUUGAAAGUCAUUAUGCACAUAAUUUUCUUUUGUGUACUCAUUAUCUUUUUAAUUCUUGUUUUAUAUGUAUUACCCCAGAAUAGGUUCCCAUAAAUCAGAUAUGGAUAGACCAGUGCAUAACAAACUACCUUUAGAGUAUUAAUUAAUAUUUAAGUGUGCUAGUUGCAGCUAAAUUAUAUUUCACAUCAUACAUUAACUAAAAAUCGUCAUUUUUUGUGUUUAUAGGUUAGAUGGACACGUUAUUCGGCUUGACUAUGUAAGUGAUCCGAAAUUUAAUAAGGACAACAAAAAAGAAUUGUUGCGCCUGGAAAAUUUUGCUGAUAUUAACCAGGUAAUGUACUAAUGUAGUGUACGUUUGCAUAUUACUAAGUACUAACACACAUACAAAGUAACACAAGUGUAAUCUGUAGGCAUGUUCAUCUGUUUCACUAUAAAUCUGUUGCAAAUACAUGCAUAUUUUGCUCUUCAAGGAGGGGGGUAAAUCAGCAGCAAAACAUACAGUCACUUAGGACUUGGAAAAGACAGCAAAAUAAAAAUGACGUACCAAAAUGAAAACCUAAAUCAGGAACAUUUGGUUUAAUAAAUAUUUAAUGAAAUAGUUUGCCCUAAGAGCAUAUAAUGCUCAUCUAGAGGGCUUACUAUUACAAAUUUACAACGAUAUACAUAAAACAGACACUCAACGAUUUUUACAAAUACGAUAUACAUUAUUAAACUAGCAUUUGCAAAUCAGUUCAUUAUAAAUAGAUAGAAUAAUAAUUGGUCAUCAAGGCUCUACAAGAGCAAAUCAACCACUUUCUUUAAUGAAACAUUGGACACUAUGAAAAAUUCCGAUAUUUUCAUUUUCUGUGAGUUGCGAAGAUCCACGACAAACGAAUGUGACAAACGAAUCCGGUACAAUGUCCCAAAUUAAUGUCAUUUAACUAAAUUUAGGAGUUUUUAUUAGUGUGGAUUAUGCGCUACCAUAAUGUAUGUCCAGAAUUUGAUGCUGAUGUCAUUGAAAAAUUCACGGAGUGAACUUGUCCCCAAACAGUAUACUUUUCUGCCAACACCUUGCACAGCAUGAUAAUAUCUCAAAACCAGUCAAAAGUAUUAUCUAAAGGCGUGAAUAGGAUCAGAUUAUCCAAAACUUCAGCUUUUUAAGCAAAUACAGUCGUUCAAUCAAAAAGAUAUAACUUGAUACAUUACGAAAGGCUUGUCAUCAAUAUAUUUUCUAUUUUCUCACACAGAAUGAUGCGCCUAGAGGCUGCGCAUGUAUUUGUGGUCUCCGCAAUAUCUUAGAUUUUUUCAAUUUUUAUCAUAUUUUAUCAAGAGUUUAAAAGUUGUUCCUCGAUUUACACUAUCCUUGGCACCUUUACAAUCGCUUUUAAUGAAACAUAUCACAUAUACGGCUAUGUUUCUACGUUCAAUUUACGAAGCUGUACUUCAUCAUUCCAAACUACGAGUUGAUCAUCAUAUCUGGCAAAGACUAAAAGUUCUUGGACUUACUGACAAAUGUAGUUGCCGUGGUUGUAGAGCAGGUCGAGCUCUGAGGAAAGCUAUUCCAGUUAUAUGUGGAAACAGGAAUAUCCUUGUGUCAACGACAAAGAAAUCGAAUUUAUUUCAAGUAAGACCUAACUUGUUAUUUAUUCAAACAUUUAACGCUUCACCAAACUCAACAACAAAUUGUUAUUCAGAAUAUUUGAAUACUCCUACUAAUGGCCAAGUUAAAUCUACCCAGACAGAUACAGUCUGUUCUAAUCAGGUAUCACUUAGAAAUUUAGUACCAGUAUUUAUACUAUCAAAUGUUAUGUCACUUGUCCCCAAAUUACCUGAAGUGAAUGAGUUUAAAUGA